CCCUGUUGACGCCCGUGACGGUAUAAAUGCGCAACUUUGACGUCGACGCACGGAUAUAAGAGAGCGCUCGUGUGGGGAGGUGGAGAGAGUAGAGGAGGUGUACACACAGCUACAGCACACACACACUGACACACACACACUGACACACAUGCACACACACACACACACACACAUAUAUAUAUAUAUAUAUACACAGCUGACUGCUGCUGAGGGGCCACCGUCUCCUCCUCCUCCUCCGUCUGGAAAGAACUGCGUCUCUCAACUCUUUUCACGCAGCGCCGCGGCUUCUGCGCGUUGUUUGGAAACUCUUUCACUCUCUCUGCUCCACUUCUCGCCUCCAGUCGGACCCGCGCUUUCUCCGCGUUUAAGUUCCUGCCACAUUAUUGGUGCGUGAGCAAGUUUCCCGCGCCACGGGCACAGUGUGGACACAGCGCCGCAGCGGCAGCACCAUGGAGCCGUACACGGUCCCCGGAGCUCAGCUCUCCCUGUCCGACCUCUACUCCGUCAUCCCCUUCAAUGUCACCUUCCCGGACGAGGAGAGCGGCUUGAUGGGCGACAGGCUGCAGAACUACACCGAGCAGCAGAGUCCGGUGAGGAGCACCGGGGGUAUAAUCAUUGCCAUAUCCAUCACGGCUCUCUACUCCGUCAUCUGCGUGGUGGGACUUGUGGGCAACGUCCUCGUCAUGUACGGGGUGGUCAGGUACACCAAGAUGAAGACGGCCACGAACAUCUACAUCUUCAACUUGGCUCUCGCCGACGCCUUGGCCACGAGCACGCUGCCCUUUCAGAGUGCCAAAUACCUCAUGAACACCUGGCCGUUUGGGGAGGUCCUGUGCAAGCUCAUUAUCGCCAUCGAUUAUUACAACAUGUUCACGAGCAUCUUCACCCUCACCAUGAUGAGCGUGGACCGCUACAUCGCCGUGUGCCACCCGGUCAGGGCGCUGGGGUUUCGUACGCCAGUCAAGGCCAAGCUGAUCAACGUGCUCAUCUGGGUGCUGUCCUCAGCGAUUGGGGUUCCCAUUAUGGUCAUGGCUGUGACCAAAGUGGCUGAUAAUGGUAAAACCAUGUGCAUGCUGAAGUUCCCUGACCCUGACUGGUACUGGGACACAGUGACGAAGAUCUGCGUCUUCAUCUUUGCUUUUGUGGUUCCUGUACUGGUCAUCACCAUAUGCUACGGCCUGAUGAUCCUUCGUUUGAGGAGCGUUCGUCUGCUCUCGGGCUCCAAGGAGAAAGACCGCAACAUGCGCCGGAUCACCCGCAUGGUGCUGGUGGUGGUGGCCGCCUUCAUCAUCUGCUGGACCCCGAUCCACAUCUUCAUCAUCGUGAAGACCAUGGUGGAGAUCGACACCAGGAACCCCCUGGUGAUAGCCAGCUGGCACCUGUGCAUCGCCUUGGGCUACACCAACAGCAGCCUCAACCCUGUGCUCUACGCGUUCUUGGAUGAAAAUUUUAAGCGAUGCUUCAGAGAUUUCUGCCUCCCCUGUCGGACCCGCGUGGAGCAGAACAGUCUGACCAGAGGCCGCCACACCACCCGGGAGCCCGUCUCCAUCUGCGCUCCGACAGAAGCGGUGAAGAAGCCGGCAUGACUAGGCAUGGACUGGGUCCCCCACAGCUCUCGCUCGAGGAGGAUCCAACAAGAUCUGCAGUCAGAGGUCACUCAGAUCUCCACGACAGAGUUUUAACAUGUCCUCACAAGAAAAGCAAGUCUCAAAAUACAGUGAUAUCACUUAAUCUCUCCAGUUUGGCUGACAUACUGGAAAUUCAAAGGAAAAACGCUAAAGAUGAUGGGAAAUAAGCUUCACCCUGAUAACACAGUGGAAUCUUAUUUCACACAGGGAAUGUGAUGAGUUACAAACGCAGUGACGAGAGAUGGGGAGAAUGUGAAUUUGAUAAAACAAGGUUACAAAACAGAAAAUCCCCAGCUCACGAUUUACCCAAAGGACCAAGGGCACGAGAGUACAGGACGUUCUGAUGAUGCAAAAAAGGACAAAGAAACAGCCGCAGGUUUCUGUAUUGUCAAGCAAAGAACAUCUCAUUCAGGCACGACCCAUUGUGGUAGAACAGACGGGCUGAAUAAUGUGCUACAAAAGAAUGAAAUGACCGGCCUUUUCAAGUCGAACUUUGAAUCAAAUUAGAUUUGGGUGUUUUUGAAAGAGAGAGAAAACUUUUUCGUCUGUAUCUUUAAAGUCCAUUUAAAAAACAAACGAGCCUCGCAGAGCAGAACCAUACCGCAUAUCCACCGACAGCUGGAUGAUGGGUUACAGCACAACAAGUUCAUCCGCUCUCUAUAUGGAGAAGUAGGGAUUCAGCCAACCUUUUUUGUUUAUUUAUUUAUCUACUUUUUUUUUUCUUUUUACAGUAAAAUGAGACGCUUGUCUUUUGUUUUUUGUUUUUCUCUUCAGACUGAUGGUCAGAGAAAGAGAGAAAUUCGUGGCUUAAUGUUCCACGGAUUUGGAAAAAAGUGUCUCAAAAGGCAUGAAAUCAUGAUGAAGCCACUUCUGUGGGAGUUUUCUGCUCGGAUGGAAAAAAUUCACAACAGCAUCGAACCAUUGAUGCUCGGAUUUCUAUGGACUUCUUUUCAGCUACUUGACUUUCAUAGAGGGCUGCUGAGCCCUCAGAGAGCCUCUGAGCAGAGUCACUGCAGAAUGAUAAACCUGCCACCGAAGAACCCUGCAGCCGGCCGCCACAACACUUCACUCUCCUCGCCGGUUUAUCGUUUAAAACAAAUGUAAAGUCAAAGAAACACGCCUCAGCUCCGACUGAGAGCAGCUCCGUCACAAUGUAGAUAAAGACGCCCGUCCUGAUGUCGACGGAUAAACCGCUUCAAAGAGAUUAUUGAUCUGCUUUUUAAAUUAGCAAAAAAGCCUGUCAUCUGUCGCGUUAAAUAUCUGUAGCACAUUUAAGACACAUUGAAUGGCAUUAGCCGGAUCGCUAUAUUAUUCUGGUUAAUGCUGGGUAAUUUAUUUACUCCCAGCAGAUCUUGACACCAAUAAAAUUGAAGACAUCAAUCAGCCGUCACCAAGACGUUCAUUCCCAUUUCAGUUUUGCAUACCAGAUGAGGUAUGUCUGCAGUAAUGAUGCGGAGUUGAUCCGAAUCUCUCUCAUGGGGAACUACUUCGAGGGCUUAAUAUAUGUUGACAUGUAAACAUGUCGUAAUGUACCACGGUUUUGAUUAAUGUCUGAAUGUCACCUUCUUAGAGAUGUACACCAGAUAAAACACAUCAAACAGAAUAUAAAUCAAUGACAAUGAAUAAUGAAAUGGAAAAAAACUUCAUACAUGUGAAUUUGUAGAUAAUAUAAAGCUUUGGCAUUUGAGCAAAUUUGGCUUCGGCCACCGUUAAAAUGACUAUGAGGCGUACCUGUGAUUCUGUAUGCUUUGUUUACACUCGAGGAUUUCACCACGAUGAUUUCUGGCUCACGCAGCUCACAUGAAAAGAGAAGGGAGGAUGACAGUCGGGCGCUUGGGGAUGGAUUUCUGCUCUGUUUACAGAUUCAGCAAUUUGCUUAUGGGGUUGACUGUAGAGUUACCCACAGAGACUGAGAUAGAGACAAUAAAUAUUGACUUUACUGUGUCCCGUAGGAGAGUGACAUUUUUGCAGUGUAAUACAUUCCUGAAUAUUUUUCUUACAAUGAUGGUGGUGACUUCAAGUGUACUGUAGUGUAUAUAUUACCGCUCUCUGCUUAGCUUUGACCAAGUGCUGCAUCUGUCAGGUGUGCAGGAUAUCUCUCGUUAUUUUGGCAAAAUCUAGUUAUAUUAAGGGCAGAAUGUAUAGAAUUAUUUUAUUUGGGGAAAUCAUCAAAAUACUUCCAGUAAACUGAUGCUUUCAAAUAACUGUAAUAAGGAUCCAAGUUAAAGUGAGUGGGUGUGUGUGCAUGGACUUUCAUUUUCAUUAUCACAUGGGGACGAGGAGUGAAUUGUAAUUUUUUCUCCUUGUUGAUACUUUGCAGUUCAAAUUGAAAACAUAGUUUGUUUUUGUAAUUGUUUGAAUUUUUCUCUGCAAGUUUGAAAAGGAGCAAUCAGUAAUUUCUCUCCUUAUCGUUGCACACUGUGUUGCACACUGUGCAACGAUAAGGUGAGACGGUAACCAAGUAACGCAGGUAUCCAGGUGUCGCUGAUCAAUGUUGGACAUCCAGUCUUGGCUCGAGCAGUCUGUUCCACACCUGAGGCGUUUCAAUUAUAAACCCCGUCUCCUGGAUGCAACCCAUGACCUCUGACCUUCACCCAUAAUGAAAUAUGGAAGAGAAAACAGCAACCAUAUAAGCUGUAAUGUCUAAAUGGUUUCGCAUAUUAUCCCCUAAAACGUGUUUUUCCGUGGCAGUUCUUCACCGCAGCUUCACACACGGGAACGAAAACGACAAAAUGAAUUACAUUCAUGAAGCAGGCGGCGCUCCGUCAUCAGAGGCUUUUUGUGUUUGCAGGGUCUUAAAUCACAUUUAACUGGCAAAACAACAUAUAAAACGAUUUCACAGGUGAAAAACAUCUCAGAAAAAGCCUGAAUUAUGUUCCAAGAGAAACUAAUGUUUUAUUUUUGUUUGGUUUUUUUUUCCCAGUGCCAAUGUUUUUCAAAUUCUCACCUUUUACAAUAUUUGUGCGUGUGGCCUCUGUGGGUUAAGGCAUCUCAAACAGCUGAAGUUAUGGAAAGCUCUAUGUUCCAAUUAAUUAAAAGGCAAACACUAAUUACUCAAUUAGUAAAGGGCAAGCUAAUGCCUGCAUUGGCAGUCAGCGUUGGCACUGAAACGACCAACAAGGAUUGUAAUCCCGAGGGAUUCUAGAAGCUUGGAAACCGACAUCAAUGUGAUUCUUGGCAUCACCAAAUAAACAUUUUACGGCAGUUUCUCAUUAAAUCCUAGUUUGUCGUGUUCCAUUAAUUAACUGCAGCUAAAUCGCGCCGUGUGAAACGGUUCAGGAGGUGUGUGUGUCGGAGACGGGAGAGGAUGGGGAAGUGAGGUGAGGUGAGGUGAGGUGAGGUGAGGCAGCAGAGCUCAGAUAUGUGAAGGAGGAGCGCUGCGUUCCUGCUGAUUAUAAUCACUGUUUCUGAGGAGCUCAUAUUACUGAUUGCUCCUUUAAUCUCUCUCCUUUGUUCAGCUCUCACUCGUUUUUUGUAAUUUACUUCUUCAUUGUCAAUUUUUUCUAUUUGAUAUACAACUGCUUUACACUGUAAACUGAAUACUGAAAAAGCCUGUGUGAAUAUAAAUGACUUCAUUUGUGUAUGAUGAUGGUAAUUUGUUGUAUAACUACUGACUCCAGUACAGUGUGUGAGGCGAUUAGUGCUAAUACUUGACACUAUACUAGUUCUUUUGCAGUGUUAACCAAUUACUUCUUAGCUCCUUCUUGUGCAUCUGUUGUAGAAAAACAUUUCUAAUGUUUUGAAGCCUAUUGUCAGAUUGUUGGCAAAAAUAAAUAAAAAUAAAAUGAAGCCGAGAGAAAAUAACACAA